AUGGAGAACCAGCCAGCACGACAACAAUUUCUGAGGAUUCAAAGUCAGGUCGAGAAAAUCAAGCCAGUUGUUGAGUACAAUAAAAGGGGGAAAGGAUGUGGCCCUGCACAUACUGAGAUGCAGUCUUACAUUGGUGUGUUGGCACACUCCAGAGUCCCACUUGUGGACAAGAAAUGGGCUAAAAUACCCAAGGAUAUACAGGAGCAGAUUUGGGAAGCCGUUGACAUGGCUUUUGUGGUUGGUCAAGGGGGCAAGAACCUGGUGUUAUCUUUUGCUGCCAAGAAAUGGAAGGAUUUCAAGUCUACACUAACCAGGCAUUAUAUCCUUCCAUACAUCAAGGAGAGGGAGAAAUUAAGCCAACCCCCUGAACUAUAUAAAUUCAUAGAGAAAGCAGAAUGGGAUGCCUUUGUGGCUUCAAGGGAGAAACUUGAGUACAAUCAUCGAUUAUCUCGAAAAGGAUAUGCUGGUUUGGAGGAUCAAUUGGAGGAAACCAUGCCUGGGGUAGAAAUUGAUCGAUCUACCUUAUGGAAGAAAGCUAGACAAGACAAAGAUGGUAACAUCCCUGAUCCAAAGGUGGUAGAGAAAGCAAAAUUAAUUGUAACCCUACUCACUCUUAAUGAUGUGUUGACCUUGGCUUUGGGUCCCGAGCAUCCAGGGAGAGUAAGAGGGGUAGGUGCUGGGAUUUCCCGUAGGCAAUACUUCAAUUUACAUAGACAACAGAGGGUAAAGUUUGCCGAUCAAUUGAAGGAAAGUGUAAGAAUUGUCCUUCAAGAAGAGACUAAGAAGAUGGAAGCUAGAUCAAGGGAAGAGACUUUAAGGAUGGAGGCUAGAACCAAGCAAUUGGUAGAGGCUGAGAGGGAACAUUUACUGAGUCAGCUUUCCCAACUCAUCCCCAAUUUUGAUCCAACCGUGCUUAAACCGAAAACUAGCCCCUGUCAAAACCAAGGUCUAGAGCAAAGUCCCAAAAAUCUAAUGUUUGACAAAGCAAGCUGCUCUGGGAUGUGA